AUGUUGGGAGGAGAGGAUUCACCAAGCCAAAGCCAAUCGCUGGGUGGCUCUUUCGACCUAACUCAAGAUGAUACCCUUCUCGGCGUCAACGAUUUCAGUAGCAUUCGCAUCGACCACGCAGAUACAGUUGCCAAUCUUACCCAAGCUUGGAUCAAUGAACGCAAUUCCCCUGAACUUCUUCCAUACAAGCGCUAUCUUGUCGAACCUUUACUCAAGGCUAUUGAGGAUCAAACCGAGACCAUCAUGGAGACUAUGGACAAUCCUCAACGCAAGUUUAUAUCCAUGCUUUUUCAAAAUGAGAUCGAGCGUAUCAAGUUUGUGGUUCGAAGUUACUUGCGGACACGAUUAUACAAGAUCGAAAAAUGCACACUAGAAAUCCUUCGAAGGGCGCAUCAAGAUGAUAAUAUCCUCUCUCCACAAGAGACUGCAUAUGCUAGGCGGUAUCAAGAGCUAUUGGAAUCUCACAACCAUGAUUCGUUUCUACAUCUCAUGCCAGCUGGUCAACACAAGCAAGAUGAAAAGGUGGCUGAUUAUGAUAUGGUGGUAAGGGCGAAUAUGGAGGCACCCGUGUUUAUCCGUGUAAGGGAAAAUUGUGGGCCAAUACAGCUCGAUCAAAGAGACGAAGAGACUACAAUGCUCGAGAAAGACGAUAUUUAUAUCCUGCGAUACAACGUCGUUCGAGAUUUGCUGCUGGGAGGCAAUGUGGAAUUAAUUUAG